AUGGCCCAUGUUGCUAGCAGUUUUCUGCUGCAGCUUGCAUUGCAGGUCGACCAGAAUACCAUCCUUCAGGAGAACACUUCGGUGCUUUGUUCGCCAGAUGAUGAGGCCAUAGCCUCCUACUGGGCCUAUGGCGAUGGGCAUUGGACCGCGGCCCAUGGCUGCGACGUGGCGCGCCAAGAGGAGGACUUUUCUUACUGGAGCCAAACCUGGCCUGCCGGUUACACCGCGCUACGGGGUGAAGCAGGCUAUCAGGAUCCUGCGUUGCGCACCGCG